AACUUGUCAUUGGAAAGGAAUCUGGUAGUAUCUCCUCAGCAAAAGUUUCUAGAAUCGGGGUUCUGGAAGCUGCGGUACCCAGUGAGGAGCCAGCAAUCCGUAUGCAUACUGCGUGUUUACCAGCUGAUCAAGCACCUAUUUCUGCUGUCACACCUUCAGUUCUGUCAGCUGCCGGGCAUAUGCGAAGUCAGCAGCCAGUUCCGCAUGAUGCUGCAGCGUUUACUCCAAUGGUUUCUGGGUUUGCAGCACCUUCUGUGAUUGCCUCUCCUUUGGCGUAUACAGGUUUGACAAACAUCCCAAUUCCCGUCAGGAUCGUCUUGUGUGGCCACUCAAUUGUGUUUUGGGCUCAUCGGAGGGCAUCCUCGUCUGUUUAUGGAACACAGCUGCAGCUUUCUGCCACAGCUACGAUUCAGUGGGAAGCCCGGAGGGGCAUGUUAUGGGAUGUGUUGCUGCCUGCUGUGUGCCGGAUCAUGUCAUUGGCUGACAGGCCGCACAUAUUGUUAAUUCAUUUGGGUGAAAAUGAUUUGGUGCAGCGUCCUGGGUUGGAUUUGCUGCUAAAAGUUACGCGUGAUCUCACGUGGCUUAUUAGAUCAUAUCCCCAUCUUCUGCUUGUAUGGUCUGAAAUGCUUGUUAGAAGGGUUUGGAGGGGUGCUGUUCACCCCAAUAAGAUAGAUAGAUCUAGGAAAUGGGUCAAUAGGAAGGUUAGGGAUUUAGUUUUGUCUCUUGGUGGGGCAGUUAUUUCUCAUGAUAGGAUUAGGUUCCAUGCCCCACAUCUAUUUCGAGAUGAUGGUGUUCAUCUUUCUGAGCAAGGGUGUGACCUGUUUUUGGAGGAUCUUAUGGGGGGAUUAAGGGGAUUGUUAUCCUCAUUGGGUGGAGGGGACCAAGCUUAAGCUGAUCCCCUCUUGUGGCAUAGAAUUCGAGCAGGUGAGGUAUAUGGGGGUUAAAAUUAGGUGGUUAAGGCAUCAUGAAAAAGGGGCACUUCCUAGGGAACCAUCAGGGCUUUGUGUCCGGUGGGGAUCUGUGUUGUGUCCUUGUGGGACCGGCUUGCGCAUCAUGGUGAACACCUGUACGGCGGGGCCAUGGUGUGGGGGUUGGAACCACACAGCUGGCUCCAGGAGCAAGGAGGGAGGAAUUCACCCACGUCCUUGACUUUGGAGUCACGUGAUGAUGAGAAGUGAUGCCUUAAGAAGGUGAGGGUGUAAUCCCUCGUUGUUAGGUUUAGCCUCA